AUGCACGAUGAUGCAGCUCGCAAGCAAUACGAUAAUGGGCCUUCAUCGUCUGCGCCGCACGCCGUCAGCAGCGGAUACCAACCAGGCAGCAAAGUAAACGACGAAGCUAAGCAGCUAAGCACGAUGAACGCGGAAGAACCGGUCGACCCGCAGAUCCGACGGACUCGAGUUGCUCCGUCGGUUGAAAGUCAACGUGUCAAGCGUAGGCGCCGUCGGUCACUCGUUGCUGGUCGUACUCCGUCCACUGGCUGUCAGAAAUAUAAGGACUCGAGAAAAGGAAAUUCUUGACAUGGAUUAAAAGUGAAUACGGCUGAUGCGUAUACAAAAUACAACUCCCUCCGAUCCAACUCACUCCAAACGUAAA